AUGAAAAUACUGUUGUAUACUUUUCUUUUUUGUAUUUGCUCUGGUUUUGCAAAAUGCCAGAAAGCAUAUAAUUUUGAUAAUAUAAUAAAAUAUCUUAAAGAAAUAAAAGUAAUACCUAGUUAUAUACCAGAUAAACUAGAAGAAAAUAUUCAAUUAAUUCCACCAUAUUUAGUAUAUAAAUAUAAAAAUAGAAUAUAUUAUAUACAUAAUAAUGUUGAUAUUUAUCCAGUAAUUAAUAAAAAACCCAAACCAGUUUUCCCAAUAGACCCAGAUGAUACAUAUGAAUGCACUCAUAAUAAUAUAAAGAAUACAGUUGACGAUGAAGUUGAAGAAGAUGAUGAUACUGUCGAUAUAAACAGUUUUGUUCCAGAUAAUGAAACAGGCAUGUUUGUACCUAACAUAAAUGACAUCAAGGAACAAGCAGGAACAAGCGAUGAGUUUGAAAUUCCAAAAAAUAAUCAAGUUCUAAUAGACCAGAAUGGAUCAAAUGCAAUUGUGAAUAUAUUUGAAACAGAAGGGUGCACUAACUAUUUAAUAGGAGAACUUGUAGAAUUUAGAAAAAAUAAAGAAAUUUGUGAAAAUAUUAAAACUGAAUUUGAAAUAUUUAAUAAAGAUAAUAUAUAUGAAUAUAAUGAACAAGAUGAAAAAACACCAACACAUAAUAUUGAAAUAUCGGAUUUCUAUACCUUUUUAAAUGCCAUACACAUUUUAUUUCAUGAAGAUGAAUAUAAUAAAUAUUAUACAAUAAAUAACGUUUCAGUUAAAGAUAUUAAAUUAUUUAUAAAAGAAGCAUAUAUUAAUAUUCACAAUUCUUUAAAAACAUAUAUAUUAUUUUCUGGAUUAAAUUUUAGUGAUUAUACAUAUAGCCCAAAAGAGUUUUCUAUAGAUGCAUUGUUAAAUGAUUUUUUUCAUUUAACAAAUGAUUCGAAUGAUAAUAUGAAUGGAUCUUUCGAAAAUAUAGAAAGAAUAAUAAAAUACGUAGCAACAUCAAAAAGUAGAUUAACAAUCAAAUUAGUAGAAAAUGCAAUUAUAAAUUUUUUAGAUGAACAAAAUUUAAUGGUUUUAGAUAUAAAAUUAAUAUCACACAUAUUUUCAACAAAUCGAAUAUUAAAUUAUAAUGAAAAUGAUAUUAUUAAAUAUGCAGCUGAUUUAGUAAAUAUCUCUGAAAUAGAUAUAUCGCCUAGAAUUAUUUCAACAAUAUUCAUAUAUUUUGCACAAAAAGUAAAUAUAUUCCCAAUGCCAAAUUAUCCUACUUCAAUUGAUUAUGAUAGUCUUUUGUUUUUAGAAAAUAAUGACCUAUUAGCAAAUAUAGAAAAUAUAUACAAUAAUUUUUUCAAGCAUUUUUAUAGACAUAGUAAUAGUACGAAUAAAGGUAAAAAGGGUAAAAGCCACGAACAAAUACUACAAACAAUACCAUGGGCUGAACAAAUUUAUUCAAAAUUUAAAACCACACAUGAUUUAUUAUCAUUUAAAUAUGGUGUAAUACUAUUUUAUAAUUCUUAUGUGAAUAUAAUGGAGUAUUUAAGUAGAAAUAAAAGUAUUAAAGAUAUUAUAGAAAAGCAUAAAGAAAAUAAACAAAUAGGAAAUCUAGAUCAAUUUAUAAACGAAUUAAUAAAGCUUUUACAAAUUGCACCCCCAGAAUCAAACAUAGUAAAAGAAACACAAGAUGCAAAAGAAACAUUACCAAUAUUUAUAAGCUUAAAAGAUGCAAAUAGACAUAAUCGUAGAGUUCUAUCUGACGAUCUUUAUGAUUCUGAUAUUGAUGAAAUUGAUAGUCAUGAAAUGUCAGAAGAUAAUGACACGCCAGAUGAAAACAAUAAAUAUUUAAAAGAAUUAAAAAUAACAGUUGAAAAUGAAUUAAUAGAGGAACGAAAAAAAUAUGUACUUGAAAGAAAUCAAGAAAAACAAAAAAAAGAACAAUUUAUUAAAAAAGAAAUAGAAGAAAUUGAUAAAAAACAUGAAUUAGAAACACAAAAAUUAGAAAAAGAAGAACCACAAAAAGAAAUAUUACAAGAUGAACAAAUUGACAGGGAAUAUGAAAAUGGCUUAGAAGAUGAAACAAUAAUUGAAAGGGACCGACUAAUAGCUUUAGGAAAAGAAAAUAUUAGAUCAACAGUAGAUAAAAGUAAAAGAUAUGAUAAAAUGUAUUAUGAAUUAGCACUUAAAACAUUAACAGACGACCCAGAUGAAGUAUAUGGUAGAAUUGUUAAGGCAGGAUAUGGAUUUGCAUCAAAAUCAGAACAACAAUUUCAACAAAUUGUUUACACAUUAAACGAUACUACAGCACCUAAAUAUGAUGAAUUAAAAGCUGAUGUUUUUCGUUCCCUUGAUAAAAGUUUUAAUACAUUAUUAAAAAAAAUCAAAAAUCAAAAAAAUAUUACUAAAUCAGAUAAUCUAAAUAGUUAUAAAAAGGAUGUAGAAUCUUAUUUAAAUACAAUAACAAAAAAAAACCCUGAUGGAAAAUAUUAUAUGUGUAUAGAAGAUCUUAUGGUAACAAAAUUUAAUGCUUAUAAAAAAGAACUUAUGAAUUUAUGUGAUAAAAAAUUUUAUGGAAAUUUUAGAAAAAGUUUGAGUAAGCAUUAUCUGAAAAUGAUGCGAGAAUUUAGAAUAACUCUAAAAAAUGCAAUAAGAUUAGCACAAGAUCUUGCAGCUAGCUAUGAUCAAAACGUAUAUAUUCCAAAAUUUACAAAUAUUUAUACAGAAAAAAAGAAUUUGUAUAAAACUAAAUAUGCAGAAGAUCGACGAAAAAUAUCGAAACAUCUAGAUAAGUCAUAUAGAAAUAUGUUAAAUAAACAUUACAAAAAAAAGCAAAGAACUAUUAAUAAAGAAUUACAAAAAAUUAAAAAGUAUGUUAUAAAUCAUAUUAAUGGUGCUAUUAAAGUGUUGUAUAACACGGUAUAUACAGAAUUACAGAUUGAUAAAGUAUAUAUAUUCAAACAAAUCAAUGAAAUAAAUAUAAAUGUUAGUGAACUAUCCAAAGAAAAUGAAUCUCUAAAUAUUAAGCUUGCAAAUUUAGAAGCAGAUUUACAAAAUAUACCAAAUUUUGACAGUAAAAAUUUUACAGCAAAAAAAGAAACAAUAAAUAAAGGAAUAACUAAUGUUAAAGAAAAUAUCAAACAAAAUAUAAAAAAAAUUAACGAUUUUAAAGACCAAUUUAAUUCCCUUUCUACUCAACAUGAUAUUGUCGUAAAAAAAAUAAAUACUAUACAUGAAAUCGAAAAAAAACUUCGAUUAUUUAAAUAUGAUAUUGAAAAAAGUUAUAAAAAUGAAGUAUUAAACAAAGAAAUAAUUGUAGAUCAAUUUACUCAUUUAAGAAUGGUGUAUAAAAUAAUACAAGACACUAUCUUAGACUUAUUUAAUGAAUUAUACGAUAUAGAAAAUCAACAUAUAGAACUCAAAAUUGAUUUAGAAAUAUUAACAGAUAACUAUAAUGAUAAAAAAGUACAAGUAUCAGUAUUAGAAAAACUAUAUCAAAGUCAAUUAAACACAAAAGAAUCAAACAUUGAAAAUCUUGUAUUACAAAAGACACAAUUAACAAAAUUAGAAAAUCAAAUUAAAAUAUUAAAAACAAAUAUAGACAAAUUAAAAAUUAAAAGAGAAAUUAUAUUAAAUGAAGUUAAUUAUAUAACAAGUGAUAGUGCUCGCAAUCCACCACAUACUAUUAAUUAUUUGAAAAAAUUUCCAUUGGAACCAAUUAUUCGAACAAAUACUACUUUUGAAAAAUUUAUGGAAGAUUUAAUUAUUAAUUUAGAAAUAGAUAAUCAAAUAUAUCAAAAAUUUAUUAAAAUUGUUAAAGGUUAUAUAAGACGUGUUCCGAAAAAUGCAAUAUUUUCGUUUAAAUAUUUAGAAAAUCAAAAUAAAAAAAAAAUAAUAAAUGAAAAAUAUUAUCAAAUUUACAGAAAGGGAUUAAAUAUAUUUGUUGAAAGAUUAUAUAUAUUCCAUUCUAAUUUAAAAAAUUACAUUGAUGCAAAAAAAAAAAAAAACAUACCAAAUAUAUUACCUGAAAGUGGUAAAAAAACAAAUAUUGCUUCAACACAAUCCAAUGAAAUUUCCUAUUUAGAACGAAACAUUAUUCAUAUUGAAAAUAUAUUAAACACGUUAAAAGCAAAUGUGUAUAUACCAGAUAUUAGUUACAUAAUAACUAAGCCAGAAUAUUUUUUAAAUGAGAUAAAAAAUGAAGAUCCAGAAAAUGCACGUCGAUAUAAAGAUUUAUUAAAUAGUUAUACACAAUUAAAAGAUAUAGCCAAUAAUAUUAAUAUUGUUUAUGAAAAAAUGAGUGCAUAUAAUAGCUAUUAUAAACACGCAUCAGAAAGAAUAUUACGAUAUAGAGCUUCGUUAAAAUUUUAUCAUGAAGUAUCAGAUAAAAUAUACUAUUUCAGUUUCAGAAACGAACAAAUAAGAACCGCUGUAAUAGAUGGAAAAGUUGUAACUGUUGAUAAAUAUGGAAAACAUAUAAAACCAUUCUCUAUGCUACAAUAUAUAAAUAAUGUUAUAGAAGAUGUAUAUGAUAAAGAUAAAUAUUUAAGUGUAAUAAAAGAAGAAACAAUGUAUCCAUUCCCUUUAAAACCUUUAAAAGAUAUAUAUAUAUUAGGUAAAACUUUAAAAUAUAAUUUAUUGCGUAAUAACCAGUUAAGUGAAUUUAAAACCUUUGUUAAAUCCAAAAUGUAUACAAUUAUUGAAAAAAAUGAUAACAAUCCAUAUAUAUUUGAUAAAGAUGAAUUAGAUAAAUUAAAAAUAAUAAAAAAUAUGGAUGAAACAAAUAAUAAUACUAAUUUAAUAGAAGGAAGUUUAAAAAAUUUCUUUUCACAUUAUUCAGAUAUUUUUCAAGGAAUAGAUAAUAACAUUCAUAAUCUUGUAGAAAACACAAUUAAUGAACUUUUAAAGAAAAAUGGUCUAAGUUAUAAUGCCUUAUUAGAAAUUAUUAAAUAUUUAAAAGAAAAACCAAAUAUUUUAAGAAUAAAAGAAAUUAUAUUAUUAUGUGAACGAAUAUUAAAUAAAUCUAAUUUGCAUUUUAUCAAUCCUGAUAAGUUAGCCUUUUUUUUUGUUUCUAUAUUAGAAGCAUUCGAUAUUAAAGUUCUAAUGACAAAUGUAAAAAGAAAUGAUAAUAAAUCAACUAUUAUUUCGUAUUUAAAUUUAUUGAAAAUGGAUCAUAAAAAGGGUUUAGUUUUGUCUAAUUAUGUAAAAGAUUUCAUAUUAAGAUUUUUAAAACCAAAAGAAAAUAAUACACAAUUAAAAUAUAAUCCUAAACUAUUUGAAUUUUUAGAAAGUAUAAAUCACAGUUUAGAUGGAAAUGGAAAAAUGUAUGAACUUUUUAAAAAUAAAAACCCUGAAUUUAAUACUCAAUUAUUAAGCUCAAUUAAGAAUAGUCUCGAUGCCUUUUUAAAAUACUUUAUUCCAAAUAUAAUAAAUACACAUAACAUUCACGGAAAUUUUUUAUCCUAUUAUGAAUAUAAUAAAAAAGAAACCGAAACAUUUCUUUUUAAUAAAAAUGAUGAUCAUGUCAGUGAUUUCAAUCGAUUGUUAUCUUUUUUUCUAUUUUCAAUAAAUUCAGAAGUACGGAAAUUACAUAAAGAUCAUAUAAAUAAUGCAGAUAUAAAAUGCCUAAAAGAGCAUCCUCAUUUUAAUUUUGCAGAUCUUAUACCAAAUAUAGAUGACGAUAAAAUAAAUUAUAAUUUUAAUAAGUAUAUGAGCACAACUAAAACUAACAAUAUACAACCAAUAAUGGUUUUAUUUAGAUUAUUUUUUCAUCCAAAAAAUAAAGACUUAUUUACAUAUUCUAAUGUAAUUAAUGUAGUAGAAAAAUUCUUUACAUCUAAUAUAUUUGAUAAUGAUACUAAAAAAAUGAUAGGAAAACUUGCUUACUCAUUAAUGGCUCGAUUAUCUUUUAUAGUAGUUUCAUAUUUAGAACCCAAAAUUGAAGAUGUAAUAGAUGGUAUUGAUAUUAACUUAAUGAAUCUAUUCCAUAGUGUUAUUAACAAAAUUGUAUAUACUCUUUACUGUAAAAAUAAUAAAGAACAUUUAGAACCAUUUAUUCCUACUAGUAUGAUUAAAAAUGAUAAGGUAUUCAAAUUAGAUGCAUUAAAAAUAUAUAACGAAUUUCUGAUGUCUUUACCUGAACAAGACAAACGAUCUGCAAUCAACUUUUUCCAAACAGAUUUCCCUGAAGUUGUUACUACAAUUAUAUCGGAUGCUCUUGGUUUUGUAAAUCAUCAUUUAGAAAAAGGACCAGGGGUAUAUCAUUCAGAUGAAUAUAUUAAAUUAGAAACAUUAUUCAAAAUUAAUUACAAACUUUCUAGUAAUAAUAAUUUAUAUUAUGAUAAUUUUGAUGAGUUUAUUCAAAAAAACCCAGAAUUCACUCAAUCCCCAAAUUUAUUAUUUAUGAAAAAAGCAGAAUAUGAUAAUACAAAUAAAAAAAUUAUAUAUAAAAAUGAAUUAAACCUAGAAGAUAUAAUUGAUGAAAAGUCUUUUGGAUUAUUAACCGAAGAACUUUUUAAAGAACAUUUAACAAUUAAACAAGUAAAUGAUAGAUUUACUAAUAUUAUGAAAAAACUAAAAUUUUUAAUGCCAAAAAUGCAUGUAUUUAAAGAUAGAUUAGAUAAAUCAGGAAAUCAAGAAAUAGAAAAAGAUAUAUAUGAAUAUAUAUAUAAACGUUUUAAACAUUUAAACUUAUCAUAUUCAAUUCAAGGUUUAGUAUAUAUACCCAUAAAAAAAAUUAUUGAUUUUAUUUUAUUUCCAAGUGUGCUAGUUCAAAAUGUUGACGCAGAUUAUAUGACUAUGCAACUCGAUUAUAGAUAUAAUCGUUACAUAAAAUAUAUAGAUGAAUUAACUAAAUGUUUAAUAGAUAUAUAUUAUUAUAACAAAAAUGAUAGUUGCCUUCGUUUUGGAAAUUAUACAAAAAAUGAAAUCAGUAUAGAACAGAAAGUUGUUAAUUUAAUGCAAACUCCAUUUAUAGAAACCUUAGAAGAAAAUAAAAAUAAUUUUGUAUAUAAUAAAUAUAUAUCAGAUAAUGAUGAUAUAUUUUACUAUUUUAUUAAUAAGUUAUUACCAAUUAAUCACAAUAUUGAAAAAAAUAAAUUAAGUAUACAAAUAUUCAAAAUUAAAUAUUUUGUUCUUGAAAUUACGAAAUUUGUUAUUAAAAAAGCCCUUUCAACAAUGCCUUCAUCAUAUUUAACUAAAAUGACGCAUCGCCAUAUUAACAUAAAUAUCGAUCAUAUAAUAAAUAGUUUAUAUUCUUUAUAUGCAAAAGCUAAUAAAACAAAAACUAAUGAACAACAACACCAAAAUACUGGUACAUAUGCUCAUACAAUAGGUUCUAUAAUUAAUUUUAUGUAUAAUGCAAAUGAUGAUCUAUAUGAUUUUGAAAUUUUAGAUGAAUUCAAACCUGAAGAAUUAAUAUUUGAUCCAAAAGAAUAUGCAACUGAGGACGAUUAUGAUGAAUAUGAUGAAGAUAUUGACGAAAGUGUUAUUAAAAAGCCAGAUGAAAGUGAAGAAGAGAAAAAUGAAAAACGUGGUAUUAUGAUUGGAUUAGGAGGAAAACAAAAAGUUAAAAAUAUUAAAUUAUAUUUAAAUAAUUAUAUUUCUGAAUUUUUGUUAAAUAAUAAUAUAUCAUUUAAAUAUUUAUAUCAAUUUAUUCAAAAUAUGGACAAGUUUAAAGCAUAUUUACCAACCUUAUCAGAACUAUAUAUUUUUAUAGACAAACAUGUUAAUAUUAUCAAUUCUAUUUAUAGUUCUUAUUAUAUUCCUUAUACACAAACAGAUACUAUCAUAAAUAUAUUUGUUGACACCUUUAAGGCACUUGGUUUAGAUAUAUACUCAGUUUAA